AUGCCCGUGUCCACGCUGUCGGGGACGGUGAUGUACGCUGAAGUGGAGGAGGACGUCAAGUUAGGGCGUAUGGAUUAUCGUCGGCCGGAGAAUACCGAAACUCUACUUGAAGAGGCGCGAGCGAGAGAAGGACCAACGGAGUGCAAGCUGGAGGAAGUCAAGAGGGAAUCAGCUGCGAAGAGAUUGAGUUCUUCUCUUGAUCGCAAGGCUACUUCUGAGAGCGGCGUUAGUCAGCUUUGGGUAGAGAAGUAUGCGCCGCACGUAUUCAAUGACUUGAUUAGCAAUGAGAAGACCAGCCGACAGGCGUUGGCAUGGCUGAGAGAGUGGGAUGGAUGUGUAUUUGGGAAAAAGUUUAGCUAUUCUGUUUCUGGUAAAAAAAGCUUUGUUCGGAAAUGUACGACGUCUCACCGUCCUUCAUCUCGCUGCGUGGCGUCCGACCUCGGCGUUGAAAAGAAGAGAGACCGUCCAGACGCUCGAGUGCUUUUAUUGUCAGGUCCUCCUGGAAUCGGAAAAACUACACUAGCUCGCAUUCUUGCUAAUACGGCUGGAUACGAUGUUGUCGAAUUUAACGCUUCUGACGAUCGAACGGCUUCCAAAUUUCUUCCUAAAGUGUUGGACGUGGUUCAGUCGGAUUCCGUUCUGGACACUGGGAAUCGUCCUCGCGCUCUCAUCGUUGAUGAGAUUGACGGCGUCUUUGGCGGCGAAGCUCGAGGCGCUAUUGAAGCGUUGGUCAAAAUCGUUAGCGAUCAUCGCUCGUGCGCUCCGAAUAAACACAAUUCGAACCCUUCGAACGCGUCUGCUUCCGCGCUUUCCACUCGCAAGUCGCCUUCCUCCAAACUGUGCCGUCCGAUCAUCUGCAUUUGCAACGACCCUUGGGUGCCGACACUCCGACCGCUUCGCGAAGUGGCCCUCAACUUGAAGAUGGAACCACCGUCUUUGGAAAACUUGAUUCUUCGGCUGAAAUAUAUCUGCACUCAAGAAAAUGUCCAAAUUGAUCAUACCGCCCUGCGAACGCUCUGUGAACACACCAACUGCGACAUUCGCAGCUGCCUGAACACGCUGCAAUUCCUCUCGAGAUCCACCUCUGUUAUUCGAGGGGAUUCUCUUCACCUCUCUUCCUUCGGUCACAAAGACAUCCGAUCCAACAUCUUCGACGUUUUGACAGCUCUGUUCGUCAACGCCAGUUCCGUUCCGUUGCGCCCCAAAUCUCUCUUUUCCACUAGCGACCAUACCUCUGCUCCGCCUCGUCCUCGAAGCGACUCCUCCCGUCCGCUCUCCACCUCCUUCAAAUCCCACCUCUUCGAACGCGUCUCUCAUGCAGAAUCUAUCGACAAGGUCAUAGAAGGCCUUCACGAAAACCUCCUCCGUGUUCAAUACACCGAUCUCCUCAUGGAAAAAACCAGCUACGUUAUGAAGUGGCUUCUGUUCUACGACUUUCUCCACCAAAACAUCGUCCGCGCGCAACUCUUCCCACUGCAAGCCUACAUUCCUUACGUCGCCUAUAUGGUUCACCUGCACUGCAGCGUUGACUACCUCCGAACGCCGCUCCUCUAUCCCCGCCACGACUUCCUCUCCAACCACGCCAAGCUAGCAAACGUCAACAUUGUCUCCACGUUCCUCAACAACCUUGACCCCACUCUGAAAUCCCACCUCAACCUCUCUUCCUUCGUCAAGGACUUCGUCUCCUACUUCAUCCAAAUCCUAACCCCCGACAUUCGGCCCGUCCACACCGUCUUGCUCACCCCCUCGGAAAAAUCCAGACUCCUAACGCUAAUCGGCGUCCACGUCCAAUACAACCUGGACUACCACCUCCACCCCAACUCAGUCCCGGACUAUCCCGAAGACGCCGAAAAGCCCCAUCCCGAUAAAAGCUCUCGCCUCUCCAAACUCGAACCCGAACCGCACUCCCUCUCGACGCCUUGCACCCACCACGUCUACCAACUCUCUCCCACCAUCCACCACCUCACGCACUUCUCCAUCGACUUCAACCGCUCGGACGUCUGCUUCGACAAAACCACCAACGCCCAGCGCCAAAUCAUCGCCUCGCAAAUCAAACUGGAAAAAAUUCGCAAGAACACCCUCAAAGCAUCCGCGCUCCCUCCCCAACCAUACCUCCCAAAAAUACACACCGACGAGACCGUGGCAGACCUAGAGGUGAACCGCUCAAAGCCCAGCUCCUCUGGCCAACCCGCUUCCGACGACCAUCCGCGAAACAAAAAUUUUUUCAACUUCUUCAAACGGCCCGCCGUCCCACAUCCGUCCCUCAAAUCUCCCGCCAUCUCAAAACCCCUCAUUUUUUUCAAGUACCACGAAGGCAAGACCGACGCCGUUCGCAAAAACCUGCUCAUCAAAGACAUCCUCUAA